AGCGUAUUCUCAGAACUGAGUCACACACGCCAGACAGAAGUAGCACUUGAAUAAUUAAUAAAUUACGUCUUUGUACUCAACCACGUCAAGCCUUAUACUUGGAAUUUUUUUUUUCCCUUUUGGCAGAUUUUUAAUUUCGUCAUAAUUUAUUUCUCAUCUACCGCCAUGUCACCUUUCAAUCUACAAACAUGCGCCCGUCCCAACAUAUUGGCCCUGCAACCAUAUCGCUGCGCCAGAGACGAUUACAAAGAUGACGGAACCAAGGUCCUGCUCGACGCGAAUGAAAAUGCCUUUGGCCCCUCCAUCGCACCCGACGAUGCGCAGGCCAUCCUAGGGCAAGGCGCCACGACGGGCGGUCCGGACCUGGACCUCCUGGGUCUGCACAGGUACCCCGACCCUCACCAGGCCGACUUGAAGCAGCUGUUGUGCAAUUUGCGCAACACAAAGGUGCACACCUCGGGAACGCUGCUUCCUGAGAACCUCUUCGUCGGCGUGGGCAGCGACGAGGCCAUCGACGGCCUGCUGCGCUGCUUCUGCGUCCCCGCCCGGGACCGCAUCCUGGUCUGCCCGCCCACCUACGGCAUGUACUCGGUAUCGGCGCAGGUCAACGACGUCGGCCUCGUCAAGGUGCCACUGCUCCCCGCGCCGGAAUUCGCGCUCGACACCGACGCCGUACUCGCGGCGCUGUCGGCCGACGACGCCGACACCAUCAAGCUGGUCUACCUCUGUUCUCCCGGCAACCCCACCGCGUCGCUGCUGGCCAAGGAGGACGUGAAGCGCGUGCUGGAACACCCGACGUGGAACGGCGUCGUGGUGCUGGACGAGGCCUACGUCGACUUUGCGCCAGACGGCACCUCCCUCGCAGAGUGGGUGCUCGAGUGGCCCAAUCUGGUCGUCAUGCAGACCUUCUCCAAGGCCUUUGGACUGGCCGGAAUCCGUCUUGGCGCUGCCUUUGCCUCGGCCGAGAUCGCCAGCCUGCUUAACUCUCUCAAGGCGCCUUACAACAUCUCCAGCCCUACCAGCGCCCUGGCUUCGUACGCCGCAUCGCCCAAGGGUUUGGCCGCGAUGCGGGCGAGCCGGGAAAAGAUCAUCCAGCAACGGGAUCGGCUCAUUGCCGAGAUUGCCAAGAUUGACGGUGUCGGCAAGUUGAUGGGAGGUACUGCUAGCAACUUCUUGCUCUACGAGAUACUCAAUGCUCAAGGGCAGCCGGACAAUGCGACUGCGCUUGCUGUCUACGAGAGAUUGGCCGAGUCCAGAGGUGUUGUUGUGCGCUUCCGGGGUAAAGAGCACGGAUGUCUUGGUUGCCUGAGAAUAACGGUUGGCACCGAGGACGAGGUCACAAGGUUUCUCGCUUCACUCAAGGAGAUUCUGGCCCAAGUCAGGGGCUGAGGUCAUGUGGGGUAUUUUCAGGUGGCUCGGGUAUAUCACGGCAACGAAAACAAAAAAAGAAAAAGAAAAAAAAAAGGAUCAAUUCUGACGAUGUAGACAGGCGAGCGUAAAAGCCAAUAGACAUUACAAACCUCUUCAUUUCUA